AUGUCUGUCUUAGAUGUAUCUAUCUAUCUAUCUAUCUAUCUAUCUAUCUAUCUAUCUAUCUAUUUAUUCAAACACACACACAUACAUAUAUAUUUAUAUAUGAGGAAACAUAGCUUUAAGGCCCAAAACGUUCCUUUGUCGGCCGUUAGUACCGACGAAUUCGUCGCCGCCGUCAAGGAGACAGUCAACAAUGAUGGAAGCCAGAGCUACGCCAAGAUCGCCGCUGACAUGGGCUGUGACAAGUCGGCCAUCUGCCGAACGAUCAAGAAGGACAUUGGUUACUCCUACUUCCACAAAUCUGUCUGCUUUUUUCUAUCUCGUCCAAUCUACGUCAAAUUUCUUUCUUUUUCAUUUUUUUCUUUCUUUCUUUCUUUCUUUCUUUCUUUCUUUCUUUCUUUCUCAUUCAAUUCCUGUUCCCUCUCUACAAUUUCAAUGAUCAAAUCCUCCUUGAAAAUAUACAUCCAUGUUAGCGGUGUUGAUUCCCACGGACAACGCUCAUGCACCCUCAAAGUAGCAUUAUCUGGCUUGGUCCGCCAUGUUAAUUCUAUUUGCCUGCAGAGAUGA